AUGCAAAAUAAUUUAUUAACAGAACUAGACUAUGGAUAUGAUGUUCAGUUAAUUAUGGCUCCAGAAGAGAGUGAUGACGAAGAAUCACAUUUUAAAGAAAACUUUGAAGAAACAAAUGACACAGAAAGUCUACAAGUUGAUGAAAAGUUUUCAAACUAUAAACUUUUAGAAAAGCGACUCAAUAGUUAUCAAAAGUUUUCACAAUAUAUUUUCUAUAAAAGAGAUUGUGUAACUCUAGAAAACUUCAGAAAAUAUGGUGUUAAAAGAUACAUCAAUCCGAAUUUGAAAUAUUUUUCAAUCAAAUAUUGGUGUACAUUUGGAGGCAAAAAUAAGAAACCUCAUGAGCAAGGAAAGGGUGGGUUACAAAUGUCUCACAAAAACUGCAAAGCCUUCAUUAGAGUUAAGGUUACAGAAGAUGGCAACAGUUUAGUUAUUUCUUCUUUAAAUUUGAAUCACAAUCACCCAGAAAUAGUUGAUAUGAACAACACAAUCCCUAAAGGAAUUUAA